UGUGUCCUACCAUGAGUUGGAAGGUCCUCUUCCAAAUGUCAAAGCUUUUAAAGAGGCUCCAUUUGAGGCAGUUCGGCAUAACAAGGGGCUAUGUGGGAACGUGGCUAGACUACAGAAAAGCAAUAUUUCUACCAUGGGCAAGAAACACAAUCAACAUAGCGGAGCUAGAAUUUUGAUUAUCCCCGUUCUCUCAUCCUUGGGAUUCCUCGUUCUCUCUUCCUUCUUGAUCGUCCUCAUAAUCAUUGGUUGCCGUCGAAGAAAGAUUAUCAAGAGAGAGGAAUGCAUUGAUUGGGACUAAUAUUUCAGAUUUCUUGCACAUUCUGAGUUUUGAUGGCAAAAUUUUAUACGAGCGGAUCGUGGAGGCGACGGAAGGAUUUGACUCCAAGUACUAUUUGGGAGAAGGGGCCUAUGGCGUUGUUUACAGAGCUGAUCUACCCAGAGGUCAAACUGUUGCUGUCAAGAAAAUUCCAUCGUCCCAGGAAGAUGAGACCGUCGACAUCGUUCCUUUCGAAAGGGAAAUUGAAGCCUUACAAAAUGUUUGCCACCGCAACAUCGUGAAGCUUUACGGGUUCUGCUCUCAUGCACGACAUCGUUUUCUGGUGUACGAGUACGUCGAAAGAGGGAGCUUGAGAACAAUUUUGAAUGAUGAUGAAAAAGCAUCAGAAUUUGGCUGGGACAAAAGGAUGAAUAUAGUUCGAGCAGUUGCGGAUGCAUUGUCGUAUAUGCAUCACGAUUGUUUUCCUCCAUUGAUCCAUCGAGACUUGACCAGCAACAACAUAUUGUUGGAUGCUGAUUAUGAGGCUCACAUUUCAGACUUUGGUACCGCAAGAUUAUUGAGGCCAGAUUCCACCAACUGGACUGCUAUUGCUGGCACCAUCGGAUACAUCGCUCCAGAGCUAGCUUAUACAAACAUCCCAACCGAAAAAUGUGAUGUAUACAGCUUUGGAGUAGUAGUACUGGAGAUAAUCAUGGGAAAGCAUCCAGGAGAUUAUCUCUCGUUGGUAUUUUCAUCCACUCAAUCCGAGUCACAAACCCCAUUACAAGAUGUGCUGGACCAACGCCUCUCGCCUUCGACAAAUCGGCAUGCGCAAAACGUACUCUCUGCUGCAGCACUGGCACUCGCGUGCUUGCAGACCAAUCCUCAACUUCGACCGACCAUGACACAAGUCUCAGGAGAGCUUCGAGUUCAAGCACCAUCGGUUUUGCCGUUCUUUGGAGUCACCUUAGAACAACUCCGUGAUCUCAAUGGCAGGAACUUUUAGACCGCAUUCGGGAGGUUGCAAGUUUCCGAUCGAGUUAUUGUUGUGUAUUUACCUUUUCUGGCUUCUGUGUUUGGUAGUAAUAUGUCGAUUAGUUAGUUAUAAAACUUGGAAGAUGCAUAGUCUAAAUGUUUUCCUUUUGUAAGAGUAGAAUGAUAGUUAAUUUUCCCCCUUUCGUGUAAGCAAGCAUCUAUUUACAGUUAAUAUAAGUCAUUUGUUUCUUAGCAAAAUCAUCUGAACUUGUUUAAAAUA